UCAUUUCAUUUCCCUUUUGAGAUUUUUUUUUUUUUUAGAGAAAUUGAAAGAAUGGGUUCAAUUAGUACUGAAUUAAACAAACCACAUGCAGUUUGUAUACCAUAUCCAGCCCAAGGCCAUAUUAAUCCCAUGUUAAAACUAGCCAAAAUUCUCCAUCACAAAGGCUUUCACAUAACUUUUGUCAAUACUGAAUUUAACCAUAGACGUCUUCUUAAGUCUCGUGGGCCCCAUUCGCUCGACGGCCUUUCGUCGUUCCGAUUCGAGACUAUUCCUGAUGGACUCCCAAGUUGUGAUGCUGAUGCAACACAAGACAUACCUUCUCUAUGUAAAUCCACAACUGAAACUUGUUUAGGUCCUUUUAGAGAUCUUCUUGCAAAGCUUAAUGAGACUAGUAACACGUCGAACGUGCCACCUGUCACGUGCAUCGUCUCCGAUGGUGUUAUGAGCUUCACCUUAGCUGCUGCACAAGAAAUUGGUGUCCCUGAAGUUCUGUUUUGGACAACUAGUGCUUGUGGUUUCUUAGGGUACAUGCAUUAUUCCACUGUUAUCGAAAAAGGAUAUGCUCCACUUAAAGAUGAAAGUUACUUUACAAAUGGACAUGUAGAGAAACCAUUGGAUUUUAUACCAGGGAUGAAAGAUGUACGUUUAAGGGAUCUUCCAAGUUUCUUGAGAACUACAAAUCCAGAUGAAUACAUGAUCAAAUUUGUUCUAAAAGAAACAGAGAGAGCGAGAAAUGCCUCCGCGAUUAUCCUAAAUACAUUUGAGACACUAGAGAGUGAAGUUCUUGAAUCACUCCGGACUCUCCUUCCACCUGUCUACCCAAUAGGCCCCUUACAUUUACUCGUCAAACAAGUUGAUGACGAGAAUUUGAAGGGGCUUGGGUCGAGUCUAUGGAAAGAAGAGCCAGAGUGUUUACAAUGGCUGGAAAAUAAAGCACCAAACUCUGUUGUUUAUGUCAAUUAUGGUAGUAUUACUGUUAUGACUCCUAAUCAACUUCUUGAAUUUGCUUGGGGACUUGCAAAUAGUCAACAAGAGUUUUUAUGGAUCAUAAGACCCGAUAUUGUAUCGGGUUAUGAAUCGAUUCUUCCACCCGAAUUCAUGGAAGAAACUAAAAACAGGGGAAUGCUUGCAAGUUGGUGCUCACAAGAAGAAGUCCUAAAUCAUCCGGCAAUAGGAGGGUUCCUGACUCACAGUGGAUGGAAUUCGACUCUGGAAAGCAUUACUAGCGGGGUGCCUAUGUUAUGUUGGCCGUUUUUCGCGGAACAACAAACAAAUUGUUGGUUUAGUGAGACAAAAUGGGGUAUUGGAAUGGAAAUUGAUAAUAAUGUGAAAAGGGAUGAAGUGGAAAGCCUUGUUAGGGAAUUAAUGGUUGGUGAAAAAGGCAAAGAAAUGAAGAAAAAGGCAAUGGAAUGGAAAAAAUUAGCUGAAAUUUCAGCUCAAAAAUCAACAGGAUCAUCUUAUGUGAACAUUGACAAAGUGGUCGAUGAUGUUCUUCUUGCAUCCAAACAUUAAGUUUAUAGUAUAUUUGUAAUUUUAUUUUCUUCAACUUUACUUAUUGUGUUCUUGUAAUAAGAGUUGCUCAUACUAUAGUUCGUUUUCAUAAUAAUAACGGCAAGUUAAAUAAAAUAUGUAUUUAUUGUA